AGUACAAAGCAACUUCACCCAGAAGUAGGAAGGGUAUUUGUCAUAUGAGUCUCUUAGAAACAUGAGCUUUUACUCACUAGUUGGUUCUGGAACUCUCUUUGGGUUAUUCCUCUGUAUAUCAGAUGUAGAGAGCAUGAGGACACUAAAAAAUGUUGCUGCAAAAUAUGGAGGAUCUGUCACUAUUCCAUGUCUUUAUGAAAAGCAAUACAAAGCAAACCCUAAAUUCUGGUGCAAAGGGUACUAUUGGGCUUCCUGCAGCAUAGUAGCCUAUGCAAGCACAAAUGGAAUUACAUCAUUGGCUGAUCAUCCGGCGCAGAAUAUGUUCACUGUGGAACUGAACCCUGUCUCUGAUUCUGGAACAUAUUGGUGCGCUGCAGAAAUUGGAAGUAAAUGGGACCCAGAUGACCGUAAUUAUUUGUACCUGACGGUUAGUCAAGAUCCUGAUCUGUCUGUGAUGGAGAGCAGAGUAAAAGGUAAUGAAGGUGGAAGCGUCACAGUCCAGUGUUUCUACAGCGCUGCGUAUUGGAAUAAACAGAAGCAGUGGUGCAGAUUCAAAGAUGAGUGGUGCAACACAGUGAGGAAGACUUCCACAGCCCAGACUUCAGCAGUGCAAAUCACUGAUAAUGGGAGCUCCUUCAGAGUGCAGAUGAGUAAUCUGAAGGAGAGUGAUGCUGGCUGGUACUGGUGCAGUGCAGGAGAUCUUCAGGUUCCUGUUCAUAUCAGUGUUGGUGCUGAAGCUCCAGGUCUGCCUGAUAACCAAAAGGAAGAUAAAGUAUCAAAUUUUGAAGACACUAUACUGGCUUUUUGCAUCAUCUCUGGGCUCUUGUUGGUGCUCAUGGUGGUUGGUUUGGUCAUCUGGAAGCUUAAACAGAAACAAACUGGACAGUUAGUCACAAACAAAGGAUAUGACCACAGUCUGAUAAACACUGAUGUGGAUUAUGGUGCUUUCGUUUUCAGACAGCCGAAGAGCAAUCCAAACCAGAGUCCCAAAGCACGUGAGAAUGCGGUGACAUAUAGCACUGUGGCAGAUGAACAAUGCAAGGCCUCAUCAGCUUCUGAGCCGGAAGUCACCUACAGCACACUCAAAAUCUCUCACAAUCCAACAGUCUCUCCCGUUCCCCUUAAUGACAAGGUCAUCUACAGCUCAGUAAAACAUCACUAAUGAGAGGCUACUGAAAAAACACCUGCAGUGGAAAGUCUUUGCAAGCAGUGGUGUACUACACACGUUUUUUUUUGUGUUCCUCCAUCCAGAAUCUGGAAUCCUUUACUGUGAAAUAACAUGAAGGCAGAUGGAUUUGUCUUUUCUGUUAAUUUUAUUUUUUUUUUUUUUGCCCACCAUAAACUUUUCUUUUUGUGUCAGAAAGAGCACGUCUCUG